ACUCGAACUCAUCAUUCAUCGAUUGUCUUGCCACAUUGUAAAGUAAAGUAGAGCUACUUUUGUCUUUACAUUGUAUUUAUUGCGUUGAUAGUUCUGUUCCUUAAUUUGAGCUCACUCUGCUGCUGUUGGAGUAGGCGACAGCAGCCACAACAACUAAAAAUUCAGGCAGUACACCAGAUAUCCUGUACCAUAGCUGACACCUACUGAAUGCAAUGAACUGUGGUGAUCAUGUGACGGUCAUGUGACCUGUUCACCAUCAAUCACCGGUAUCAGUACAGACUAUCAACUGGCUUGACCGUGUGCACAUACGCAGACACGUGGACACGCGCACGUGUGUGCAUGCGUAGACCUGACGUGGCCAAGCCGGUCGCUAGCAAUACUUCACAGGCAUGCAGUCCUCCUAUGGUUGGCAGCAGGCUGGCAACGUGCCACAGCAGGCACAGGAAUCACAGCAGGCACAGUACAGCAGCCAUACAGUGGAUUACAGUGGUGCACAGCAGUAUGGCGUAGCACAGGGCUAUGGCGCACCACAGCAACAACAGCAGCAGCAGCAACAACCGGAAGCUGCACCGUGGAACUCGGCCUGGGGUCAGUCGUGGCCAGCACAGCAUUCUGGUGCUACUGCUGCUAGCUAUCAGCAAUAUCCUCAAGCAACCACAACCACCGGUAGUGCUGCUGGUGGAGCGUCACACUACAAUCAAGACGCCGGCGCCAGCUGGCACAACGGUGUCCAUGGCGCCGCCCCACAUGCCCAGCAGGGCUCUGGUGGUCACGGCAAUGCGGCAAACCCGAUGACUCACCCAGCGACGUACCAAUCAACAACAGCAGCAGCAGCAGCAGGAGCCGAUCAGCGGUCGUCGACAACAUCUGCUGGCUAUCCGCAAUCUUACGCUGGGAAUAGCUACGAACACCAUCAGCAUCAUCAGCAGCAGCAGCAGUCGUGGUCUCAGCCCGCUGCUACUCAACCCUACGCCGGUUCAGCAUCUGCUACUGCUGGCAGCUUUGCUUCUAGUGAUACCAGUAAAAGUUCUGAGCAGCAUACACACGCUGCGUACCAGCACUCUUCCGCGGAAGCGUACCCGCCGUCAGCAGGUCCGCGGGACUCUGCCUAUCGGCCGCCGCCAGCAGCAGAACAGCAGCAGCAGUGGUCACAGCCACCGACACAACAACAGCAGCAGCAACGUGGAGAUGGCUAUAGUGGACAUGACGGCCAGCAGACAUCCACUGGAACUGCCGCUGCUGCUGCGGUUGAUCAAGAUAACAGCGGUGGUGUGAGUGCAUGGCGGGGCAAAUCAAGAUGGCCCAGUGAUGCUGCUGCUGUUGAUCAUGAUAACAACAGCGGUAGUACGAGUGCAUGGCGGAGCAAAUCCAGAUGGUCCAGUGAUGCUGCUGCUGCCCCAUCAGCGCAGUCAUCCGCUGCACACUCCGCAGCACCGUCAUCUCAGUAUUCCUAUAAUCAACUGGCUCAUCAUCACCAGCACCACCCGGCCAGUGGUUCAACAGGCUAUCCUUCAGCUGCACCUUCUGCUGGUGGUGGUGGUGGUAAUUGGGCACGAUCAGAGUUGGAUACACGUGAACAGCAGCGUGCUCCAGCAUCGUCGUCGUCGCAGCAGUACAGCCGAGGCAGCGGUGCGUCACGCUGGCAUGCAGUAGACGGUGAUACCAGUCACACAGCGCAACCGCCUCCGUCUUCCACCCGUACCACCAGCGGUGCAGCACCAUCGUCUGCGUCGGCGGUAGAUAACAGCGGUGGUCAUACAGCAGAGUACCGUAACCAUGGUGACGACGGUUACGCACACCGCACGCACGGCCAGCCAUCCUCCGUGGCGACAUCGCUGGACAGCAGCCACCGCUCUCAGCUAUCCAGUGUACGAUCGUCGCCAGCGUCAGCAGCCUAUGAUUACGAGUAUGGCCACCAGCUACAGCAGCGUGACGUAACAGCAUCGGCACGCACCGAUCCCGGCCAUCACGCAUCGCCGCAUCGACCACCACCGCCGGCUGCAUCAGACCCGCCAUCCGCGUCAUCAUCAACGCCGUGGCAACCAGUAAUCCGUACCGAAGACUACCACCACAAAACACCAGCAGGUCCAGCAGCAGCAGCAUCGCACUCACAUGCAGCCAGUUCGCGGCCGCUGCCACCUGCUCAUGAUAGCGCGGAGGCACCACGAAGCCUUAUGUCUGUGGAGGCGCGCGCACCUAGCCGCUAUGAUCGUCAUGACGACACCAGGUACGCGGCCGUCGGCAGUGACCAUGGUUACCGGGAACGGGAACGGCGCUCACCGCCGCCGCGUCGCUAUGAUGAUUAUCGCCGUGACGACUACGAGCGGUAUCAUCAUCGCCACGACGACCGAUCCCGUCACCCUGGCGGUGGGGGCUAUUCAGGGUCCUCUGUGGACAGACCACCGCCACGUGAUCAUCGUGGUGGACACUGGGGGCCAACAACCGACGGUGGGCAUCGUUACGAUGGCCAUCCGCAUUCGCAGCCUCGCCAUCCACCACCACCACCAUCAGCCGGUGGACCAUCAUCACAUGGUCACCACCACCAUCAUCACCAUGGUGAUGUUGAUGCUCGCGGAGGUGGUGGUGCGGCGGAUGGUUAUACCAAACCUCCCGUUGCUGUUCCCGCCCCACCUCCCGCCGAGACUGUACUCAUCGAGAGUCUACUGGACGGUGAGGAGGCACGGUCCGCUCGGCCGGCUAACAUCGUUGUCAUCCUGCGCGGUCUGCCCGGCUCGGGCAAGACACACGCGGCCAAGAAGCUGCGGGAUCGCGAGGUGGCCAACGGAGGUGAGGCGCCACGUAUCCUAUCGCUUGACGACUACUUCAUGACGGAGACGGAGGUGACGGAGAAGGAUCCGGACACCGGCCGACGCGUCAAGGUCAAGCGCGAAGAGUACGACUACGACGAGGCGGCGGAACCGGCGUGCCGCGCGUCCAUGCUGAAAGCGUUUAGCCGCACCCUGGACGACGGCCUCUUCAAGAUGAUCCUGCUCGACUGCGUCAAUCAAAAGGUGGCGCACUUUGAGCAGUUCUGGCUGGCAGCUAAGCUGAAAGGUUUUGAAGUGUACAUCGCCGACCUGGAGGAGCCGGUGGAGCUGUGUGCCGAUCGCAACGUUCAUCAGCGCACACUCGACGACAUUCGGGCACUGCACGACGCCUGGGAAUCCACGCCGGCCAAUUUCAAGCGCCUGGACGUUAGCGGCCUGUACCGUGAAGCUAUAGCCGAGGUGGAGAUGGCUGAUGACAGUGACAACGAUGACAACAAUGUGUCCGCCACACAAACAACAACAGAUAAUGUUAGCAAUGAGAAAUCUAUACCGGCCAAUGAUGACGAUGAUAGUGAUGGCUCGGAGCAGACGGCAGCCGCUACUAUCAAACAAGGUCAUGGUGAUGAAGACGAUGAUGAUGGCGACGACGACAAUGGAUCAUCUGCGGCAGCGCUGCAUCCGGUGCGAAGUCGUUGGGAGUCGUCGUCGUCUGGUGGUGGCGGUGGCGGCGGAGAUCGGCUUGACCGUCUCGACGGUCUCAGAUCGAGUGGCGAUGCGUCGUCGUCGUCAGCUGCACAAUCCAUCGCUGAUUGGACGGGUUUGACUGACAGAGCUAGUAGUAAUACAGAACACGGGGUAGAGGCUACUGACGCCGGUGACGUUGUCAUCCGCAAGAAGAAUUCGCGAGGGUAUCGUAUCCGCUGGGCGGACCUUGAAGAAGAGAAAGAGCGGGCACGCAAGCGUAACAUUGGCUACCAUCCCGGAGCCAGCUGGAAAGACCUGGUGCCAAGCGAGGACGUUGAGAAAUACUUAGCCGGUGAUUCGUAGCUCUCGUCUGUGUGUGUGUGUGUGUGUGUGUGUGCCAGUGUCUCUAUGUUUGUACAUGUUGCUAUACAAAAUCUCUCGCCUGCCCGCGCUCUCCCAUCUACAAAUGUCCUCCGGGCCGCUGGGCACAUCCUGUGUAUAUAGUGCUAAUGCGCCGGCUGUUGUGCUGGUGCUUUGUUUUCUCUUUCGCCAAGACUACUCAUUCUGUUAACAUUCUGUUUGGUUGACAAUCUCUCUCUACAUGAACAGCAUUGCUUCUCACAUUCACACAUUUCACUCAAGUUCUGAGCGCGUCCUGUUCAUAUUUCCGGUUGACCUAGAGUUGGCUAGAGUUGACCUAGAGUUGACCUAGAGUUGGCUAGAGUUGGCUGAUUGCAUACUAGUACUCAUGAGGUGCUAGGUAAUUUA